AUGUUGCCCAUGUUCUGUGAACAUCCCGCCACUGUUGCCCUUGACACUGAUGCAGAGUUCUCCACUUUGUCUCUCAAAUGGCUUUUGGAUGCUGGUCUUCCUGCCCAGGAAUCUUUCUGCGGUGGUCCAUUGUCUUUGCCUGGCAUCCUCAUGACUUGUGUCAUGCCUGUGUCUCUCAAGAUUGUGUCCUCACUUCCAUACAACAUUGUCCUUGGCCGUGACUGGUUGCUUUUUUGUUGCUGA